AUGAAAUAUCUUUUCUGGCUUAUAGUUCUUAUUUGCGUUGUUCAUGGUUUGGUGAUUCAUGGAUCACCUCUUCUUAAAGUUCGAUCUAGUAAUCUUAUAAAACGCUGUACUCCUGGUAACGGAAAAGGGGAUUGCCGUCUUUAUGAAAAAUGUGAUUCUGCUGCUGACUGCAAGAAGGUACAAUUCUUUAUCAUUACUAAUGGGCAAGCUAAUAAUUGUUAG